UUCAAAUUUAUUGAGAUGCACACUGCCAGUUAAAAGUUUAUAGCAUUGAGUACUGUACUGCACCUCCAAACAUUUAAUUUGGUAUUGUACAUUUACAGUACAUUUAAAAGCAUUGCUUUGUUUUAAAUCAUUUGAAAUAGUAAGCAUGUGAUUUAUGUGUAGAAUUUUGUCUUUAAUUUAGGAUCUUUGACAAAUUGACCAUGUGGAAUUACAGCUUAGGAAUUGAAUACGUUUUUUAAGAAGUGAAUUUUUUCCAGGUUUUCAUUUUCAAGCAAGGUUGUCCUGAAGUGUUAGUAUUCAGCAAUAAGUGUUAGUAUGCUAACAUGAGGCAAAGAUGAGAGGUAUGACCUCCUUCCUGCAUCUCCCACGGCAACUGGAGGCAGGCUCGGGGGCGUUCAGGGGGGAGGAGGAGGAGUCAGCCCAGGUGGUCGAGCCUGCGUAAAAACGCACCAACUAAACACACACGCCAAACGGCAACAGAAGCUCGACGUUUCAUGCAAAAAAAAUCACAUUUUUUGUAAAUGAACAACAGUAAUAAAGUUUUUAUUUAAACAGCUGGAGCUCACUUUUUUUAACGAUCUUUGGUGCUCCGACCCGGACAACAAAAACGGGACCAUUUUUUGUGUGCUUUUUGGGGGGGAUAUAUUUGUGGAGACAACGGAUUACGUGGAGCUAUGUUUAGGAGAAGCAAGAGUCAAGUGCUGGUGGAUUACGCCGCAGAAGAAGACGACAUGUCCUGGCACUACCGUCACUCCUACAAGGACAAAGACAUACAAGGAGAGGAAGAGGAGGAGGAAGCUGUCACAGCAGUAUCCAAGGAGGCCAAGGUGAAGAAGAUCAUGUCCAAGAAAGAGAAGAAGGAGAAGAAGAUGUCCUCGAAAGACGACGAACACUUUUUGUUGACCGGAGUGAAGCUAGCAGACCGAAGAGGAUCUCACAAGAAAAUCAAAGACGACGAAAAGGAGAAGGACAAGAAGGAAAAGCCGGACAAAGGUCACUGUUUUUGGGAGAGCGUCACCAUGACGAUGAGGCAAAUCUCUCCCGUCAAAAAACUGGAGAAGAUAGACGGCUGGGAGACACCUCAGCCACACCGCAACUCCAGCGAGACAGACGCAGCCCCAAAAGAGGAGGCGGAAGAGGACAAAACCCCAAAUGGUGAUUUGACCGUGCCUGUUCCUGACUCUUUAGACCUACCAUUGGAACUGGCCACGUGGGCUGGCCUGGAGGAGGACUCCUCCCGCUACGCCAACCUGUCGGACUCCAAGGAUCCCACAUGCGCUGUCAGGUGGACGGCAAGGGCCAAGGUGAAGCUGGCCGGGAUCAGCAGGAUGAGCAGAGGGAUGGUGUCGGAGAGUGCAUGGGAAGGAUUGAAAUAGUCCAAUAGUGGCUUUCCAUUCCUUGCAGGACUUGCGGUAAAGCAGGGUAGCUAGCUUGACAUGGUAAAUAAAGGCCUUACACAACAGUGACGUGUCAAGUCAUAAAAAGUUCAGCUUCUACACAGUAUACUGUACUUUUCCAUGUUACCACAUCAUAAUACUGCUACAGGAGUCUUUCUAACUCUUUGUGCUGAUAUGAAGAAACACCAUAUUUCCUCACCUAAUGUUUGAGGGUUUUUAUUGACACAACUGCAGAGAGAGCCAGGCAUUGUACAGUAGAUAUGCAGUACAUUAUCUCACAAAAGUGCAUACAACCCUCACCUUUCAGGAACUAUUUCAUCAAAGUAUACUGUAUUUUGUCCAGAAAGCUGUACUUAAGAGUAGUCAGUGUACAGCUUGUAUUGCCGUCUGAUUGACUACGUACAAGAAAGCCAUUAUUGUCUAAAGUGGCACCUUGCUGGUGGUAGUCAGUAGUGCUGCAUGAGUGCUACCGGGCCACAUGGCAGUCCAGUGCCUAAGAGGAUUAAGGCAGUACCAGACAACAAUGGUGCUCACACUGAAUAUUGACUCUUUGGACACGCUCGCUGUGAGGUGGAGUCACUUGGGGUGAUGGCGUUUUAGUGUGUUGUGUUAUUUUCAGUGAACAUCCUUCGCCACAUUGUGGUUUGAAUUUUUUUUAGAUUUUAGAAGUAUUUUUUUUUCAUUUUCAAGCACAAAAAUGGCAAAAUGAUUGAUAAUGUAAAUACAUGGCAUAAAGAAGACAUUCAAAUUGUGCAUGUAGUAUUCUACAAUGGUCACUAGGUGUCUGUAAUCGUUCAAACUUGAUUAUUAUUGCUUGAUUGAUUAUUUACUGCAGGUUUAAAUGAUCUCACAACAUCAAAAUCAUAAUAAUAACAGGCUAUUAUUGCGGGCACCUCCUCUCCUCCACAUAUCCUCAACAAAUUUACUGCAACAAUUUUAUUUGUGUCUUAAAUGGCUUAUUUCCUCUGAUUCCAUAUGAAGUAAUACAAAUAUAAAGGUGAUGUUUCAUGUCUAGAGGGUUGUAAUAAUGGUAAAAAAUGUAUAAGAUCGUAAACAGGUUGCCUGUGGCAUUACUACAAAAAUAGUAAUUUUUUAAAGAAUCCUACUGGAACUGUACGCUUAGAAACUACGCGGAAGUACAUGCAAAUGUACUUUCUAUAUUAUUAUUUCUUACUGCUACUAAUACUACAAACACAAUUGGAGGCGGAGCGAAUUGUUACAUUCCUUAAAGGGGAACUGCACACUUUGGGAGGAAUUUUGCCCAUCAUUCACAAUCCGUAUGUGAUACAUGAACACAUUUAUUUGCCUUUUCUGUGCAUUACAAAGCCAGAAAACGAGUUAAUAUAAGUAUUUUAUCGUUUGAUAUACAUGCUGUGAUCGUUCAAGAACAAGCGUAUUGAUGAUAACAUCUAAUACUUACAGUAUCUUGCCGUAUUUUGAUUAUUUAAAACAUUACCGAAACUUCUUUCCUCGGCGCAUUGAUUUCACAUCUAUCAUUUAGCUUAUGCUACUUUCGUCAUUAUCAGCAGCAUAGAUACAGCGACAACAUUUGGAAUGUCCACUCUCCUGGGGUUCGUCCUCUCCUUGGCUGCGCGUUGAAGUCCAAGACGUGUACUCCAGUCCUCAGGUGCAAGCUGGAACACCCAGAAAAAAGCCACACAAGCACAGGGAGAACAUGCAACCUCCACACAGAGAUGCCCAAAACGACUGCGAGGGAGACGUCCUCCACCAAGCUGCCAAAACAUUCGUGUCCAUAGAAGACCAUCCUCUUCCAGCCAUGUUCUGUCUUGGUCCAGGUGCACCCCGGGGACCUCCAGUCCUUGCCCAAGAAAGGCAUUUUUUGUGGUAAUUGGGGGUGGGGGUCCCUGCAAUGCAGAGCACCUGCAAGAUUUGACAUGAUGCUUAAUUAAAUUAUCCAUUUUGAAUUACACUUAAGGCCUGGCGUUCAUCACAUUCAAUUAUCGAUACAUUUUCAUGGUAAUAUACAGACAAAGGAGUAUUAGAUUUAUAAUGUACAGGUUUUGGAUCCACUACAGAAAAAAAUGAAUAGUAUUUAUAGACAAAAUUGUUAGUAACGCAUUGAUAACAACAACAGUUUACACACAGCAUUACGUUUCUACAAUUGUAAUCCGUAAAAUUGUAACGCUAAUAGAUGAAUACAACACAUCUAAUAACGACUAUUUAUAUAAAAAUAAGCUAAACUAACCUCAACAGGCAAUGACAACUCCUUUAUGUACGUCUUCCGUGUUUGUUCCUUGCUCUUCUUUUCCACCGUCCCCUCGAAAUAUUGACGGAAGUAAACACAGUACGGGCUCUCAGCUCAGCUACGCCCACUUUCUCUCUGACUGGACGAAUCAUGGAAAUAUAUCUUGUUGCUACGCAGCGUAACGCUGCGGAUUGGCUUAGGGCGCUGUCAAUCACUGUCUUUUUCUAAUCCUCUCUGUUUUGUUGGGGCUUUCUCCUGCACGUGACAGAGGACGUUGCACAUGUACGAGUGUUUUGAUUUUUUUAAGUGGGGGAAGGGACAAAUAGCAUUAACAUUUAAUGAUACAUAAACAUAUGUAUGUACUGUUAAACGUGUUGAUUUAGUACAACAUGUAUACAGAUAGCUCCCACAUGCUUAAACGCUUUGUUACUUUAGAAAAAAUAAAUGUAUACGUCUGCAUGAGGUAUGUACUUCUGAUACCUUGCA